CCAGACGUGGUCGUGUUUAUAGGUCGCAGGUUUAAAUUUUAGAGACUGCUGUCUGGUGUCACCAUCCUUCUUCAUACAUGCAAGCGAUACUGAGAAUUCAUGGCGGACAAUUCAGUACGCUAAAUUCGCAACCCCUUUCAUGCGCUCUAUUAUUAUGCGCAGUCGGUUUAUGCACGCAAGCGCACCGCACAACACGACGCUGUUACACCAAAGACACCACCUCUAUCAUCACCUGCAUCUGUUCAGUCAUGCUCGAGCUUUUAUUACUGUUCGACCAUCUGCCACUUUUAAACCUGAAAUGUGAAAACUCUGUUGGUGAACAUAACGGUGACCCCAACGGAAGCAGCAAGACAAAAAGCGAGCCAAACGCCAAAUUUGCAGACGCAUUCGUCGCUUAUAAAGUUUCGAACUAGAGAACGUUAAUAUCCAUUAAUUAUGGACCAAAGCGUGAAACGCUCAGCGAAAACAAUUUGGACGGACAGGCAAGAAAACGAUUUGAAUUACGCGGUGCAGGUGAGCCGCGUGAUUCUGCGAAUGAUCGGCGUGUGGCCAAUUUCCAAAAUCGCUUCUAACGCAGAGAGAAUUGCAAUUCGCCUGCUGAACGUCUCCUGUUACUUACUGUUCGCAUUCAUCCUAGUGCCGGGUUUGCUGCUGAUUUUCCUGAAGGAACGCGACUUGAAACGGAGGGUGAGACUAUUAGGGCCACUUUUAAAUUGCUUGAUAGGUUGUGUGAAGUACAGUCUGCUCGUGUGUAAUGAGAAGAAGAUUCAGGCCUGCUUGGAACAGGUGCGACAGGAUUGGCAGCACAUCGACAAUUGGGACGAUCGCAAAGUGAUGUUGUCCAAAGCGAAGAUGGGCCGUAAACUCGCGCUUUUCUCCGCCGCCUUCAUGUUCAUCGGCGGAUUGUCUUACCGUACGAUCGUGCCACUCUCGAAAGGACGAAUGCUGACGCCGAUGAACAGUACGGUGAGAGCGUUGGCUUGUCCGAGCUACUUCGUCAAGUUCGACGAGCAGGCCUCGCCGACAUACGAGAUCGUCUUCACCCUGCAAUUUUUCGCAGGACUAAUCACCUAUUCAGUGACGUCCGGCGCGGCCGGAUUAGCCGCGUUCCUCAUCAUGCACGUUUGCGGACAGUUGGCUAUUUUAAUCGGCAAAUUUCAGCGUCUUAACAACAUGCCACAGCCGGAGGAUCGAGCCGUCGCAACAUUGUUGGCCGAUAUCGUAGAACAUCAGAUAAAAAUAAGAAGUUUUUUGAAACAAGUAGAGGAGGCUUUGCGAUACAUAUGGUUAGUCGAAAUAAUGGGAUCCACUUUACUUCUGUGUCUCGUGGAAUACUAUGUCAUUAUGGAAUGGGAAGGUAGCGACUUUACGGCUACAUUAACUAUGUUUGUGAUGCUUACGUCUUUUACUUUUUCCAUUUUUACUGUCUGUUACGUCGGUCAACUUUUAACGGAUCAGAGUGUGAAAGUUGGUUUGAUGACAUCCACUACAAAUUGGUACCGUCUUCCGCAUAAGAGAGCUCGAGCUUUAAUCCUGAUAAUGGCAAUUUCCAAUAUUCCAACCAAAAUUUCAGCAGGUAGACUGAUAGAGAUGUCUCUACCCACAUUCAGUAACAUCGUUAAGACAUCGAUGGCGUACUUUAAUUUGCUCCGGAAAUUCAUUUGAUUUAUGCCUUCGAUGAGACGAUAUCUUAGUCAACCUGACUCAGCUAAUAUAAUGACAUGAUACUGGAAUACUGAACUGCAAUUGAUAUUUAUACUUU